UUAUACAAAGAAGGAAAAAAAACAAACAUAAUUUAUAUCACGUUGCAAAAUUACAUUUAUAAUGUCAGACGAAUCUGAAUACGACAUAGAACCUGAAGUAUUUGACGUUUACAAAAGAAAAUAUCAAAUGUUGUUGGACAGAUGUGAAAUUUUACAACAGGAAAACGAAAGAUUAGUUUUUCGUAUUCAAAAAGUAAGAAAAUUACUGAAACGAACGAGAAAGGAAAAAAAAUUUUUAAUCGAUCGAUUGGAUCAACAUGGAGAUCGUUGGAGGGAAGCACCAAUGGGUGUUUUAGAAGAGAACAGUGUAUUUCAAUCAACUUUCAAACAAGAGAAAGGUACUAAAGCUGCACCAAAUAAUUCUAAAGAAGACAAACCAAAAAAAGUAACAAAAAGGAAAGGUACUAAGGCAGAUCCCAAUGCACCCAAAAGACCAGCGAACCCUUUCUUUCAAUUUUGCCAAGAACAAAGACCACGUGUAAUGGAAAGGUUGGCUGGUGAUCCUGAACCAAGUAAACAAGAAUUGACAAGACAAUUAGCGACUACAUGGAAAUCCCUUAGUUCUGAAGAUAAAAAGGUCUAUUAUGACAUGUACGAACGUUCCAAAGAAAAAUAUGUCGCAGAAAUGCAAAUUUAUAAUAAAAAAACAGAAGAUCCACCUAAUCAUCAAAUGUCUUUAAAUAAAACUUAAUGAUUAUUUUAAUAUUUACUGUAUAUAUUAUUAUUAUUAUUAUUAUUAUGAUCAUUAAUUGUACGUUUGUAUUUACGACCACCACACAUGUAAUUAUUAUAUAAUAUAAUAGAUAAUCUAUAUAAAAACGCAAAUCACACCCUUGUCGUUAUUUGCUUCUUCUUUUUCUUAAUAAAUAACCCCCAUAUAUAUAUAUAUAUAUAUUUAUUAUUUAUAUUAGA